ACAGCCAGAGCGCACAGUGUUGUGUUUGUUGGACACAUGCAUGCCAGCGAAAACUAGUGCUAUCCAGACCUGAGGAAUUGGUUGAGAUAAGGAGAUAGUGUCGUUUGUGGGGCGGUUUUGACAAUCCCACCGAGGAGAUAUCCAAGGGGGUUCCUUCAUUGCCUUGGGGAUUUUCUACUUCUUUGCUCUGGGGGGAAUGCGAGAGGAGGAAAUCCAGCCUCAGCUCCAAAUAACCAGAGACUCCUAACUGGGUCUUCUCUCCAAACGCAGGAAAUACGGCCUGGGAAAAAAAAGUUUGGGAGCUUUUGGAAAGUGAGGGGGCCUAUCGCUGAGGUUUUGCACGCGUUUUACGAUGUGCUUUUUAAGUAUCCUACUACGUUUUUCUUUGUAUUAAGCGCUUCUGUUAUUCUACAGAUUAAGUUGAUGAAAAGCUUUUAAAUGUUACACGCCGUUGGUGUUGUUAUUGCAAGAGUUUUGAUCAUCACUAUUUAUAGACCAGCCUGUUCCGACCGAGGCUGUUCCUCAUAGCUGUAUAUUUUGCCAACUGCGCGCAACAAGUUGCAGACACUCCCAGCAGAGGCAAACCUACACUAAUUUGGGCCAGUGGAUGGUAUUUUCUGCGCUUCUCUUUUCGGAUUACGCGUCUUUGAAUAGCGCAUACCCCUCACCGACCCCCUCUUUGGAAGGCAGAGGAGGAAUAAACGGUGGAGAUCCGGAGAGGGAGUUCAGGAAAGGACGGGGCUGGAUCCGUGGGAAUAGGCCUGCCUGUCAGGCCUCUUAUGAUCCGGAUCUUGGACUGGACAGGGCUCCCAAAUAACUCAGUCUGGACUAUUUUCAUGUGUCCGCUGGAAUAAAGAUGAAAGGAGGAUGUAUGGGAAUCAGGAAUGCAAAUCCUUAGCACACUGAGCCAUGCCUGAGAAGGGAUGUAGGCAAGGUAAAGCCGCCUUAAUUACAGAUCACCCACUUUUUUUAAUUAACGGAAUUUACAGUUUGCCCACAAUUUAAGACGGCUUUUAAUAUUUUUUAUUUUAUUUUUUUUUUAACAUUCAUAGCAUAUAACGUAAACUACUUUAUGUGAAACAAGAAUAGUCUUUUAGGUGAAAACUGAUUUUCUUCAUUUAAAAACAUGUAUUUUUCUUACAGUUAGGAUGCUUUAUUGUUGAAAUUAAUACCGUCAACGCAUUUUUAUUUUAGCACUACCGGCUGUUCAUACCGACACGAUUUAGUUGGGAAAGGAAGUGUAAAUUGGCCAUUUGUCGCAUUUGUAAGAGCCACAGUGUAACUUUUGCAGCCACUUGCUGUGCACAACUGUUGACAGGCUGUAUCUGUAUCUGCUCAUACAAUGAAGCCCUGGACCUGAACUCUGUUUUUCCACGCGAACAACGUCAUUUCGGAAUGAAGAUAAAUCAAGGCAUUUUUUCCAGACGCUGUCUGACUUUGUAAUGUCAGCAGUAUCGAAAUAUUACGCACAUCCAAAGGAGAUCAUUUCCAGUCAUGUAAUGUCAGGACCGACUUGAUGAAGACAUAAAAAAAACCCGUUGCAUCACUAACCAGUCCUUUCCGAGAAGGAUGUUCAAUUCAAGAGGCAGAAAGAGUGAUGACAGUGUUUUUACCGCAGCUGGAGAGAAAGUCGGGCUCAAACCCAGAGCCUCUUUGGAGAAGGAUGCAUGUAAUGUGAGUACUGACGCAAACCCGGGGUCGGAUAAUGAACUGCUCAAGUAACUGGAACGGCGCGUCUUGUGUGAGUGAGUGUGCAGGCUGCUGUGUGCGUAGCAAAGACGUCUGUGUCGUGCUCACUAUUCAUGCACUGUGAUUAUUCCAACAAACACCUUUGCUCUCUCCCCCCCUCUCUGUCUGCCGCUCACUCUCUGCCCGCCGCCUCCUCCGUGCCACAUGUGCACACACGGUGCCCACGCACCGCGUCUAUUAGCCUGAGGCCAAUCAGAAGAUAUUAUUAAUAUUUAACACCUCUCCCGCGCCCCUCGUUUCCUCGUCACACCAGUCAAUAUGGCCACUCUGCAACAUCACCGGCAGCUUCUCAUGCAUGGCACGGAAGUGAGCUGCGACUCCAGCGGGGAUGGCGCCGUGACCGUGCGGAUUCCCAACAGCGCGCCACACGUGCAUCAACAUGAGCCACUAAAGGCUGCCAGCAGUGGAGCAGGAGCUGGAGGCUAUGGGGCUGUGAGUAAAAUGAACCCUAACCUCCACAAAUACAGUAUCUCCUCCAGCUGCAGCUCAGCAGACUCCAGACCAGCUGGGACCUCCACUUCCAGGGUGCAUAGAAAAGCACCGCCACUGUUCGAACGCUCUGCUGCUCAGUGCUGGGACCCCAAAUUUGACUCCCCCAUCCUGGAAGAUGCGUGCCAAGAGAGGUGCUUUCCUCAGACACAGCGGCGCUUCCGUUAUGUGCUGUUCUACCUGGCAGUGGCAGCUGUACUCUGGGGGGUGUACUUUGGGGUCAAUAGUGACCGCUGCCACCCCAUGACCUUCCUAGCACCCACAGCCUCUUUUUUAGUCCUCCUAGUGCUCCUCUUUUUGUUUACCUUAACCCAGCUCUACACAUGGCUGUACAACCAAACCUCCUUGCUCUUGAUCGCGGUCACCUUCGCCAUCACCUUAGCUCCACAGAUACAGACUGCUGGCUACACUGAGCUGGAGUGGGCUGGCGGUGGGAACGCCUCAUAUCCCUCACCAGACAGAGGAAAAGCACUUCCAACCCCUUGCAUCUCCCCUGUGGGCACCUUUUCCCUGUGCAUGGAAGUUCUGUUAUUGUUAUACAGCGUCCUCCAUGUCCGUCUGUAUGCCUCAGUGAUGCUCGGGCUGCUGUAUUCUAUAUUAUUUGAGGCAUUAGAAUGGCUACCAAUGCUUCAAAGGAGUUAUGAAAAUACUGAAUGGGGAACAGGGUUGGCGGGUUCAGGCUCUGAUUGGGAGGGAGACACCCUCCGCUGGCUGGGCCCGGCCAAAGCUCUGCUCCACUUGUGUGCCCAUGUCAUUGGCAUCCACCUGUUCAUCAUGUCCGAGGUGCGUUCCCGCAGCACGUUCCUCAAAGUGGGCCAGGCAAUCAUGCAUGGCAAAGACUUGGAGGUGGAGAAGGCCUUGAAGGAGCGAAUGAUCCACUCUGUCAUGCCGCGGCGGGUUGCAGAUGAGUUAAUGAAGCAAGGUGAUGAUGAGGCCGGUGGUGAUAACUCUGGCAAGCGGUAUUCCUCUGGUGCCUGCUCCGCCUCAGCCGUCUCAGUGGGUGGUGGAGGAAGCGGUGGAGCUUCACAAGGCCAAAGUUCCACAAGUGCUAAGAAUAACCCUUACAACAAUCACAAACGCAAGAAGACCUCCAUCCCCGGAGGACAGAUAAUCUUCCGGCCGUUCAAUAUGAAACGCAUGGAGCCUGUCAGCAUCCUCUUUGCGGACAUUGUGGGUUUCACUAGAAUGUCUGCCAAUAAGUCAGCACCAGCUUUGGUGGGCCUUCUCAAUGAUCUGUUUGGACGUUUCGACCGGCUCUGUGAACUAACCUAUUGUGAGAAGAUCAGCACUCUAGGAGAUUGCUACUACUGUGUAGCUGGCUGCCCUGAGCCUCGGCCGGACCACGCCUACUGCUGUGUAGAGAUGGGCUUGGGCAUGAUCCAGGCCAUUGAACAGUUCUGCCAGGAGACCUGUGAGACCGUCAGCAUGCGUGUCGGCGUCCAUACAGGCACCGUGCUGUGUGGUAUCCUGGGAAUGAAGCGCUUCAAGUUUGAUGUUUGGUCGAAUGAUGUCAAUCUGGCUAAUUUGAUGGAACAGCUGGGUGUGGCGGGCAAGGUCCACCUAUCAGAAGCUACAGCCCGAUUCCUGGAUGACCAUUACCAGAGGGAGGACGGGCGGGUGGCGGAGAGAGCCGGGCAAAGUGUGGUGGAGAAACUUAAGGGGCUGAAAACCUACCUGAUCUCAGGAAGGAAGUUUGAGCUAGAUGCGCAGUGUGGCUGUUCUCAAGUGGGACUGCCGGGCGGAGAUUCUGUCGGGGUCAGCAUGUCCUCCUGUCCUCAGCCCCGCGCACCGGACCUCAUCCCUGGGGGAGCACAGGCUGCUGAGCCCCUGCUGCCUCACCAACCUCCAGACAGGAUCAGGCCUCCCUGUGUGUCCCGUAGUGGGGUCUUGUCCUCAGGGGCAGAGCAGGGUGAUGAUGUGGCUGUGCUGAACGGGUGCCAGGAGGAGCACAAGAACAGCAGUGCCAAGUUCAUCCCAGGUCAAAGCCCCAGAGCAGCCAACGGUCUCCUGAGUCCCCCGCUGGAGGACCCAGUGCGAGCCAGCCAGAGCUCCCUGUGCGACAUGCUCCAGGAGAAAGAGAAGAAGACCAGCACGAGCACGGGGACUGGAACCAGUCUGGGCAUGGCAGGCGGCACGGGGGCCGGGGGCACGGGAAUGGACCACUCGGCUCUGAUCCAGCUACGUGCCAAGAACUUCAGAGAAAAGAGUGACGCUCACUUUGUGGAUGUUAUCAGGGAGGACAGUCUGAUGAAGGACUACUUUUUCAAGCCACCCAUCAACAAGAUCAGCCUCAAUUUCCUCGAGAGACCUCUGGAAAAGGCCUAUCGCAGCAGCUACAAGGAAGAGGUGAAGAACCAGGUGCAGGUGCAGACAUUUGCGAGCUCCACCUUCAGCUCCUUCCUGGAUGUUCUCCUCAGCUGUUUUGUCUUUCUGGCCCUGACACUGGCCUGCUUCCUCCCACCUCUGGUGAGCCCGGCCACUGUGGGCCCUCCGGCUCCUGCUGCCCUGGCCGUGGCUCCCCUGGCUGGCCUGUUGGAGCUGGCCUCCCUGGUGCUGUCCAUACGUAUGGCCUUCUAUCUGGAGGAGGUGAUGAACUGUACCCGCUCCCUGCUCCUGGUGGUCUCUGGAUGGGUCCCCCGCCACGUGAUUGGGGCUGUGUUAGUCUCACUCCCUGCCAUCUCUGUCUUGUCCCACCUCACCUGUUGCGUCCACUUGCCCCUCCAGGUGACCAUGUUCCUGUGCUGUGCCACCAUCCUCACCAUCAUCCAGUAUUGUAACUUCUGUCAGCUCAGUUUUUGGAUGCGCUCAGUCCUGGCCACCGCUACCGGGGUCGCCCUGCUUCUGUUGCUGUACAGCCCCUUGCACAGCUCCGGUAAUAACAGCUCGCCAGUUCAUGGACUGAACAUCUCCAGUGACGGUGGUCCAGCUUUAGUCACUCCCGGCCCUGAACCUCCCCCGCGACCUCUUGACCUUCUGGUGACGGAGGCCGUCCUGGCCUUCUUCCUGCUUCUUCUCCUCGUCUGGUUCCUCAACCGUGAGUUCGAGGUCAGCUACCGUCUCCAUUACCAUGGCAACGUAGAGGCUGACAAACACCGCUCCAAGAUCCAGACGAUGCGAGACCAGGCCGAGUGGUUACUGGGCAACAUCAUCCCCAUCCAUGUCGCUGACCAGCUCAAGGUGACGCAGAGCUACUCCAAGAAUCACGACAGUGUGGGCGUGAUCUUUGCCAGUAUCGUCAACUUCAGUGAGUUCUAUGAAGAGAGCUACGAGGGGGGGAAAGAGUGCUACCGUGUCCUCAACGAGCUAAUUGGAGACUUUGACGAGCUCCUUCGCAAACCCGAAUUCAAAAGCGUGGAUAAGAUCAAGACAAUCGGUGCCACCUACAUGGCAGCGUCCGGACUGAAUGUCCGGCCGCUGUCUGAGAAUGACGAUGACUCCCUACACGCUCACCUGCGGGAACUUUUCAACUUUGCCCUGGAGAUGAUGGGCGUCCUGGACGACUUCAACAAGAACAUGCUGGGUUUUGGUUUCAAGCUCCGUAUUGGGUUUAACCACGGGCCGCUGACGGCGGGGGUGAUCGGCACCACUAAGCUGCUCUACGACAUCUGGGGAGACACGGUCAACAUUGCCAGCCGCAUGGACUCCACCGGCGUGGAGUGUCGGGUGCAGGUGAGCGAGGAGAGCCAUGCUGUGCUCAGUGCCAUGUGCUUGGAGUUUGACUACAGAGGCACAGUGAAUGUUAAGGGAAAAGGUCAAAUGAGGACCUUUCUGUACCCCAAAAGUGGGGAAAGUAUAUAUCAAGAUCAAACGGAGCUGAGCGACGGACCCUCGUCCGUGACAUCAACAGCCAAUAAGACUUCAGGAUCUGUUGCCCAGGCAGCAGCUCUGCCUCCUCCUUCUUCCACUUCUCCCUCCUCCUCUCUUUCCACACUCCCUCCUCAACCACAAAGCGCUGAAAGGCCUUCAAGAGCCGGGCCUGAGCCUGUCCGAGCUAAGUCCACAGAGGUGAGGGAGGAGGGAUAUAGGGACCCUCAACACCUCCCUGGGCACUACCCUGCCACAGACCUUCACCCCCCUCCCCACUCUGAACUGGGCCCAGAGCCUAGUGCUGCACAAGUGCCGUCCCAGGUGCAGCCUGCUCCUCUCGCACUUCAAGAGGAGGAGGAUGAAGAGGUGGAGGCCAACGAGCUAACAAAACUCAACGAGGAGUUUUAUGCUCGUCUCUGAUGCCUCCUCUCCUCUUCCCCUGUCUCCUGUCCCCCUGCUGCCCUCAGCUGCUGACGCUCCAGGACCCAUUGCAGGUGCGGGCAGGUGAAGUGUCUUCGGCACGGAUGAAGAAGAGGAAGUUUAUCACUCCAACACAAACAGUGGCCACAGCGGCUAUAAAAAUGGCUACUUAUGUCUUUCAUGGGAACGUUGCCUGAGUGCUGGAGGGGGUCAGCCCUGUGUCCAGCGCAGCAGUGUCGAGGGGAGAAGGCUGAAAGGGGUUCAGAGGGAAGGACGUUUUGUUGCUGUUGUUCUUGAUGUUUUUUUCUUAUUCAUUUUUGUUAUUAAGUGCCUUCAGGACUAGAACAGUGAAAGAACAAAUCUGAACAAAGUUUUAACAAUCUUAGACUACGGAACAUGCUGUGGUUUCUUACUCCAUGCUUUUAUUUUCAAUGCAAGUAUUUCUUUAGAAAAAGUCAUUAUUCUUGUGCCAUAUCAUUUGUUUUAACUUGAUCAAAGGUUGACCUUACUUAAGGGAAGAUUAUUUUAGAUUCUAUAUAAGUGCCAGUGCAGCAUGAUGGGCUGAGCAGGGAACUAUGGGAAGAAUGAGGGAAUCACAUGAAGCAGUGUUAAUUUAUGUAUUCUGCGAUGACGUGAGGGCUUAAUACAGUAUUCAUUUGUGCUAGAGUUUCUAGGGGACAUGCUACAAAGCAGGCUGCAUAGAUUUGAGUUUGUGUAGCAGCUAAAUGCACAUUUUUAAGCACAGGUCUUGCACAGUGUUUUCUCGACCACUUGUAUUUGGUAGCUAUUACCGUGAAAUAGCUUUUAAGGACGUUAAAAGAGUUCUUGUCCGUCACAACGAGUACAAUCAAAAGCACAACAAUCAAAUCAGAUAAGGGAAUAUAGAUUUGGAGGAAGAGGUGAGAUCGUCACAAAAUCAGGAAGGCACUUUAAAUAUACUUAAAGUGAUACUCCACCCAAGAUGUGUCUUUUGAGUACACACCCCCCCCCCCCCACCCUUAAGAGUUGGACUCUUCAGUAACUUCUCGAACCAAUCCUGCAGCAUAAUCAAGUUCUCCAUAAUCAGGGUUCCACUCAUAUUUCCAUCACAGCAUGGCUAAAUACUCUUCUUCAGUAAAAGAGCAAACUACAAACCUACCUUUACCUAGAGAUAUUCUAUAUUUUAGUUCUUAACAAAUAAAAAUAAAACAAUUGAAAAGACAAAAACCAACAGUGUGUCAGUACAUCAAUACUCAAUGCUUUGCGUUCCCUAAUCCUGAAGGCCACAAUUCCAACAGCUAGGCACUGUAGUAUUUAAAGAAAUAAAUAAAUGUAUGUUUUUGGGCAUUUUAUGCCUUUUUUUCAUUAUAGCAGACAGUAAAGUGAUGGAGGAGGAGAGAGAGAUGGUGAAGGACACUCAACAAAGGGACCAGGCCGUGCAUGAAACAGGAGAUGUUAGGGUUCAGUAGCCUGUAGGCCAGCACGGUGCCCCUGGGCACUGUAGUUCUUAGCAAAUGUUUCUCAAACAGGAGUAAAUAGUGCAUUUGUUGGGAACUGUAUUCAAUGUCUGGUGUGGUGUGCUAGUGAGUAUUUACAGCAGCAGGACAGCGCAUGUGGGAUUGACUCAAAAUGAAAGUGCAGAGCCUGUGUUCGGUGAAAUGAAGGAACACGUCACCCAGUGGAAUGAUGUGAUCUUUCAUAUGUUUGAUUAGUUUUUGCAGAGAGAUCUGAGGAACAGAGGAAUAAAAAAAAUAUAUAUAUAUAGACAUACUUGUUAGUACGAUAAAUUCAUUGUUGGUUUUGGUCUUUUUGUGGAAUUUACAAAUACACCAGACUUAUCCUUUAAGGCUGACUUUGGGGUGAGAGUUUGAUACUCAAAAGACUUUGCAUGGAGUAUCACUUGAAGUGGGACUGUGAGGGACAAUCACUGUGUAGUUCUUGAUAGACGAUGACAGGGUGGUCCACAGAUCUACAGUAAAAAACCCUCACACUCUAAUUGUGUUCCAUUCGUUGCCUUCAUCGCCUGAAGAAAAAAACAAAAACACACAUUAGUAAGUUCAUCACGAUAUUCAAUAGUUAGGUAUUGUCUGCCUGGGUGGGACUUUUAACUUCAUCCUGCCACAGCCUUUAUACAGGGCUCUACUGUAUCAAUAUACUUAAAUUGUGCCACUUUAAUUGAGUGAUCUAUAGGUGCAGUGCAACCUAAACUAGCUGUUUGUUUUGUGGUGCCUAAAAAGUAUGACUGUCCUUUUUGGAGUAUUUUGGUUUUCAGAAGGUUUUUUAUCAUGCUGUUCAUAAUGACGAUAGGUUAUGAUUGUAUGUUUGAGGGAAUUAUGCUCGUCGUCGUGCAGGUUUUGCUGCAAUUUUCUUUUGACAAAUUCCAUCUAUUUUUUUUUUGUUGCUCUUUUCCAGUUCUUUCAUUCUGUCAUUAACCGGUCACCUAGAAUAGUGUGUGUGUGUGUGUGUGUGUGUGUGUGUGGGUGUGUGUGUGUGUGUGUGUGUGUGUGUGUGUGUGUGUGUGUGUGUGUGUGUGUGUAGGGAUGUUUUUGUGUGUGUGGGUGGGGGCGUUCUCCUCAAACAGCUGGCACCUCUAUAGUUCGCUUCCCUCUUUACUCACUUCAUGCUUUUGUCUUUACUCCUUAAAGCACUUGUUUCCCACUUGUACUUUUCUGUGUAUGUGUGUGAGAAAGAUAUUAAUUUCUACUCCAAGUCAAUAACACGAAAACGAUCGCUGUAAUAUGAUGCAAAAAGAAAUCAAUCACCUACAUGGCCACUGUUUAACUGUCAUUUUGCUGUUGCUGCCUUAUAUGUAGAGGAAUUACACACACAAAGUUUCAUUCAAAGAAAGCCCUGAAGUUUGAAAUAUGUAUAAUAAACCUGUAAACACAAAUCGACAUAUCAACAUUGGGGGGAAUCUUGCCUUGACAAGCUACGGCCACAAACAUACAGAGAUGACGGGGAAAAGGAGGAACCAUCUCUUAUUUAUGUAGCCCGUCUCCAUCUGUAGCAUAGAAAGCAUCUUUGCUUACCUCUUCAAUUGUGCACUCCCAAACACACACACAAGCAGUGCCUUUUUGAAUUUAGAAUACGUUUAACGAGUGUGUGUGUGAGCUGGGAUUAUUUGUAUCAAGUAAUCAGGACAGCGCUAGUAGCAUAAAUGCUCUGAAAAUCCAAAGAAGUUGAGACACAAAAAUAACACCUCUCAUUGUAACCAGCUGUAAUGCAUAUAAUCAACACGCUCAAGUUUGCCAAACUUAAUAAACCACACCACACAAAAUGAUAAAAACGGGUACCAUUUUUAGUAAAAAGUUAUUUUUAUUCACCCUAUAUAUAUAUAUAUAUAUAUAUAUAUAUAUCACGCUGUUAGAUAACCCUGGGUGUCGCUGUAGCCCUAGCAUGCACAGCAGUGACAGAAACGAGCCACAGUAGAUUUGAGAUGUGGGGCUCCACAGGUUGACGGGCACACCACCUCUCCAGUAGCGCACAUCUGUACACAUAUGAAUAAAAUAUGAAAGUGAACACUGCCGGCUCUGUGAUCUGUGACACAGUUGGAGGAGGGAGAAGUGUGUGCAAUCUUGUUUGCAUGGGAACGAAUGAGCAGUUGUGUUUUCUUUUCCCAGACUUGUUUCACUCUGCACAAUACUAUCAUGCUUUUCUUGUGUCAUUUCAAUAUCAUUCUUUCUACAAUUAUGUUGAUCAUUAAGCAUGUAUUGGCAACACGCAGGAUUCUCCAAAUCACUAAGCUUUGCUCAUUUAAGGUUGCUUGGAUGUUAUCCUUCUCUGACAGUGUAUUGAUAGAUGACGUGUGUAUGACGAGAUUUGUUUUCAUUUUUGUCCGAGGGAAAGAAGUGUCCUUAGAGGUCCAGCGUUAAAAAAUGCAAUCGAGAAAAACAAGCCAAGUGUAUUUGAGGAGAAGUUUAAAGCAUUCGGUCAUGGUUUUAGUUUAAGUAACCCUUUGUGACGGGAACAUAAGGGAGAGGGUGUUUUAGUAGCACUUGUUUAAAUCAUCACAGCAAAAUAACAUUGCCUAAUCGCUCAUUUAAAUGGUGACAGCUCCACAUCUUUUCAUUAUAAAUUCAACCCAGAUGUGCUUUUUUUUUUUAUUACACUGGGACAGAAAUUAGACAGAGUUGUUUGAUUUAAAAUCUUUGUGUAUUUGUUUUAUGUUCAUGAAAGAGAUGUAUUAUGUAUGUUUUGUGCACAUUACCCAUGUAUCAUUUAUUAACACAUGAUCGUAAUCUGUACACAUUUGCACAAAGCACUCAGUGUUUGUACAUAUGCAGUUAUUUUAUGUCACAUAUGAUUAUUUUUUUUUAUACUUGUGCAUGUGUCAGAUUUUGCCAGAGAACAAUGAAAAAGCCACACGUAUUAUCAAAUUGAUCCAAUUUGUGUCUGUUUGAGUAAGUGUGAGUGUUAUGAUUGUAUUACUCUUUUCAGUAUGAGAGAAAUAAAUCUCCAAGCAGAAAAACGUUGAGUGCACUGUGAAGUAGAAUUCGUGUCAAACCAUAUAUUAGCCUGAUAAUAGGACUGAAUCCCCGUUUUGUUUUCAAAGUGAUGAGUAAAUCAGAGAUGUGGGCAGUCGGGCGAUAUUCACAUUGCAGGUUGACCAAGUUUUAGGAAAGAAUCCAUAUAGCCCCAACCUGGUCAAUAAAGUGGAAGUCCUUUUGAUCAGCCAGCUGAUGACUAAAAUGCACCUUAUACAGUAUCUUAAGUAUAUUUUACUAAAUAUUCACUUGCCAGAACCUAUAUAAGUAAAUUAUUUUAUUUUGACAUAUGUAGUUCAGUUCACUUGUAGCAGCAAAGCUAAAGUAAAGUAAGAGUAGAGACAUCUAAAGACCGGACAUGAAGUGGAAAAGGUUUAACAGAAGACACUUGUAAAAUGUGAUCAAAAAGGAAAUCAGCAAACUAUAUGGCCACCAACUGAUUGUUGGCUUUUUUUUGGUGUAUUUUUGUUGUAGCUGUGCUCAUCUGCAGGACUCUCAUGCACAAACCUCUGCUUUACUUAUGUGAUGCAGAAAAUCACAUUAUCAUCAUUAAAAAGAUUCUGUGAAAUGUUUACCCCUAGAUCAUAACAUGCCUUUUAUUUUAUGUAUUUCCCCUUUUGAAUUAAAAAGACAGGUAACCCUACUUCCA